AUCAAACAUAAUUUCUGUCCUUCACUCCCACCAACAUGCAACGACUCUCUCUCUCAGAGCAAAUAGCCCAGCUCGAAGAGGCGGCACCAGUAGAUUUCGAUCCGGAGGAUGUGCAAGCUGCGGGUGCCGAUCCGGACGAAGAGCUGGCUUCAGGGGAUCCAUCAGCUGCUAGAGAACACUACCUUGAUGUCGGUCCAUCCGCUUUACGCAAAGCACAAGAUAGCAUAGCAGAUCCCAAGUAUGGAGGGAGGAAAGCAUCGCGUAAGGAACUUUCAUCCAAUGACGACGACCUAGAUCGCAACACUGUCGGCUCAAGCGACGACGACAAGAGCGGACUUUCUGACGACCACCCCGAGGAGGAGGAAGGGCAGAGUUCGCAAGAUCUGGAUAGUGAGGCCGAAACCCCGCAGCGGUCUCAAUUACGAGCCUCCCUUACGAUAGGCAAUGUCAGAGUUGCUACGUCCGAAGACUUGUCCGCCAAUUUGCACAAAACUCGGGAAGACGACCGAAAGAAGGGUCGAGCUGUUUCUCGACAGAUUGCCCUAUGGGACACCCUCCUUGAUUCUCGCAUACGCCUACAAAAAUCCGUUCAUGCAGGCAAUCGUCUACCUGCCCUCUCUCAAUACUCCGCAGUCAGCGAGGUUCAGGCUUCUCUCAAUAAGAUGUUGGUAGAGGCCUUACAAGUGUCGGAGGAGAUAAUGGAACUCCAAGAAGAGCUGCUUUCAUCUAACGAAUCGAUACAAGCACCACCCCGUAAGAAGCUGAAAACGGACGGCCCCCGUGAGGGCGAUGUUACACAACAACUCCGAGAUGCUUCCAACUCAGCUUCUGCCCUUGAGAAUGUUUACCAUCCGUUUUUCAUCCAGACCUUGAACAAGUGGUCAUCAAAAAUACAGGCAGUUGCGCCUUCUGUCCUUCUACCCUCAAAUCGCAAUGCGUUCAAUCGCAAUUCGCAUCAACUUAAAUCUGCAUCCCAGCUCAUUGAUGAAACCCUAUCUGAUCACUCAAAAGUACUCGCUCGAACCCAGGUAUACAGGGGUAAAGGGUCAAGAAUUGACCACGAUGUUGAAGACGGACAGGAAGACGCGGAGAUUUUCGAUGACACCGACUUCUACCACCAGCUACUCAGAGACGUGAUUGAUUCACGCGGGAACGGAUCUGGCGGAAACAAUGACUGGAUGGCUAUCCAGAAACAGAAGAAGGCCAAAAAGAAGGUCGAUACGAAAGCAAGUAAAGGGCGCAAAUUGCGAUACGAGGUCCAGGAAAAGGUUCAAAACUUCAUGGUACCCAUCCCACUACAAGGAAGCUGGCAUGAGGAGCAGAUAGACGAGUUGUUUGCAUCUGUACUAGGCAAAGGAUUUGAGGACGCGAUGCCACCUGACGAACCUCAAGAAGAUCCAGAGCUUCUGAUGCAGGCAGACAUUGCUAUUCAGGAUGGCUUCCGUGUGUUUGGGUGAUGGCAAGUUUCUUAGUUGUCUUCUUCAUACGAUGUUGUAGUGAAACAGGGAUGCAAUUAGAUGUGAUCAUCUGUUGAAUACCUUAUGC